CCCAUGUAUUAAUGUAUUUUAAUUUAUAAGCAUUAUUCAACUAUUGACAAAAGCCACUGCUGGGGCCAUUGGUUACAACCAACCAAAUAGGCCUAUAGCCUACCUGACCCUCUAAUGGGCCCCUGGGGGCCAAUGUCGGACCCAAAUAAGACUCCACCUUAAGAACCAGUUUUGCAAAGGCUGACAGGUCACACACAUGUCCCCUUCCUUGUCCCCUGGUCAUUUACAAUGUCUCCGGUAGAGUUUGCUGUGGCCGUUUCCCUGCCUUCCUCCUCUCGGCUCCUCCCCGUCUAUGUAUCAACUCUGACGGGUCACGUUAUCGGAGGGGGGCAGUCGGUGUGGAAGCACUGAGCUCCCGACCGACGAGUCACAGUGAGUCCGCCUGCACUUACCAUUAAAUAUUAGUCAAAGAGUUGACGGGAAAGCGAAACCAGCCGAAUUACAGCCGGGAAUCUUUAUAAAAUCCCGGCGCUGAGCGGUACCGCGGACACACGGCUGUAAUCUAACCGGAGGAGCUGGAUCUCAUCGCGGGCUGGAUGCGAAGCUCCACGGCAUUAUAGGUGCACCGGAGUCUGCCGACGACAUGGAAAAUAAAUAGUUGUAAGUUUGGAUCCAGCUGAAGUCAUGGAUGAAAGUUGGAAAAACUGCUUUGAAGAGGAGCUUCUGUGUCCCAUUUGCCUGAAUGUUUUUGACGAACCCAUCCAGCUGCCAUGCAAGCACAACUUCUGCAAGGGUUGCAUCUCUGAGGCUUGGGCCAAAGACAGCGCUGCGGUCCGCUGUCCUGAAUGCAACCAUGACUACGAGCAGAAACCCACACUGGAGAAAAACUUUAAGCUUGCCAACAUAGUGAAGCGCUUUAACGCACUGAACACUGAGAAAGUCCCUGCUGUGCUGCACUGUGUCCUCUGCAGACGAGGCCCCCCGCUGCCUGUGCGGAAGGUCUGUCUGCGCUGUAAGGAGCCCUGCUGCCAAACUCAUAUCCAGACACACCUACAGCAGCCGUGCGCGGCCCCGGGACACCUGUUAGUUGACGCUGAGGAGCUGAGCGCUUGGACCUGUCCCAGUCAUGAGGAGUACAGGCUGCUCCACUGUGAGGAAGAGCAGGUGGCUCUGUGUCCGUUCUGCUGCAUCUCUCACUGCACUAACCAAAGACACACAGUCUGCGAAGUGGAUACGCAACGCAUACAAAUGCAGGCCAUGCUAAUGAGGCAGCAAGGCAGACUGGAUGGUCGUGUUCAGAACAUCGAUGAGCAGCUCACCAAGCUGGAGUCAGACAAGACACUGAUGAAGGAUGCAGUGUCUGAGCUGAAGGAGCGAGUGAGAGCCCAGUAUCAGAGGAUGCACACGCUGUUGGAAGCAAACCAGGCUGAAACCAUGCAGAUGCUGGAGAGCACCUACACCAUGUAUGCGAGGAAAAACUCCCAGCAGGUUUUGCAGCUCAACGAGAAACGCCAGGAAGCAGAAAAACUUCUGAGCUCAGUACAAACGUUCUUCAAAAGAGCAGACGGCAUUAACUUCAUGAAGAACACAAAACCUUACCAGCUGCUAAUGGACAGGUCAAACUCGCACCUGAGUAGUGCUAUACCUCCACUCAGAGUGGGCCAGCUCAACUCUCAUCAUUUGCUAUCCGAACUUUCAACAAGAGAAAAGAACAUGCGAAAAAUGCUGGAAGAACCGAUCAAUGAGGCGCCCAUUCUUGAGAUUGUCCAGUCUCACAGCAGCUCUGCUGGCUCCCACAUGGGGACUGGUUCAGGACUACAGAAGAGGAAAUAUGGCAUGGCUUUCCUGGAGAGUAACACAGCAAACUCCCCCUCCCAGGAUCCUCCACCGUUGCUCUACGGCAGUAAAAAACCCUACCUGGCUGAUCAGAGCCAUCGUGCUUCAUCCAUGUAUUCCUCUGAAGGCCUCUCCCAGAAUCCUCACGGUGGCCCCGGCCACAGCCGACUCCUUGACACUGCAGCCCAUCACAUGGUGGGUCUAGGGUCUAGCUCUAGCCACCACUCAGGGACCAUAUUCCCCUCCUCCCAUUUCCCCAGUGGAGGUUCCUCGCAACAAGCCAUGUACGAAGGGAGGAAAGUACUGAUGUGCACUCUGAAUAACUGCUGCUGCUCCAGGACCCCCGCCGCUCGUGCCCGACCUCCGUACCCAUCGUCGGACUCGUUCCCCUCCGUGACCUCUCAGGAGUUUCCCCCACAUGCCCCGCUACCUGCAAACCAGCCGCUGCAGCAUUUUCCCAUGAGGGGACUGAUGGAAGCCUCACAGACAGCCAGGCACCCUGACUUCUACGGGCUGUACGGCCAGUCUUCAACCAAGCAUUAUGGGACCAAGUAAUAAACCAGAAUCAGCAGCUUUUAUUAAGUCACAAUUAUCAUCAGAAUUUCCAUGUUUGCUUUUUGGUUCAGAGAUAUAUUAUCAGUUUGUGUCUCACCUUCUAUUAUUUACUUGACCCCAUUUUUGGAAGCCUUGCCCUGUUAAUGUUGGUGGGUAGCCCUGUUUACUUCCUAAAUCACAGUGACAAUUGUAAUGCUCUUAAUUUGAAAACACAAAAGUUUGCAUUUUUAUUUAUUCUUUGUUUUGAUUCGACUGGAAGUGCUAAUGUGAAUAAUGUAGUCUUAAAUCCAUUCAAGCAGUGAACUAAAGAAACAACAUAUCCUUCAUCACGAGUCCCAACAUGAGACUCCAGAGACUUCAGUGCCUAAAAAGACUGUUAACACGCUCUUAUUGUACUUGCAAGUUCCUAGCUCUUGAUUAUUUCCUGUUUGCGGCUGAAAGCAUGCAGGGAGCCUCUCCAUGCACUCCAAAGUCCAUGUGGCUUUAGAAACACACUGGACUCUGAAUGCUUGUCAGGUUUUUCAUGAAUUUUUAUACAAGAUUAUGAAUAAACCAAAAUCAGUGGAAAAUAUUGAAUAAACAAGCAUAUUAAAAUACCA